AUGGCCAACUGUCUCCCCGCUGUCGUCAUCGACAACGGCUCCGACACUACACGUGCCGGAUUCGCCCUGGAAGACAUUCCUUCUGUUGUUUUCAACUCAAACUACCAGAUUGAUGCCGAAGGGAAAACCAUCAUAGGAAACUCGCAAAUCAAUCAACAUCCUGACCUCGAGGUCAUGACGUUACUUGAAAAUGGCGUGGUGUACAAUUUUGACAACAUUGUUUACAAUUGGGAACACGUAUAUUCCAGCUUGGACGGCGGUAACGGUGUUGACUCUAAAGACCAUCCGUUGAUGAUGACCGAACAAACUUGGAAUACCCUGAAGAAUAAGGCUGCCAUGGCGCAGCUUGCGUUCGAAUCGUUGCAAGUGCCACUCUUUUCGUUGGUCAAGACGCCUUUGGCCCAGCUUUACCACAUGGGACUGUCGAGCGGUUUGGUGGUAGAUGUUGGAGCCUCUACGGCUAGUGUUACGCCUAUUUUGGAUGGUAUAAUCCAAAGAAAGUCGUGUUUCCACACCAAGUACGCAGGUGAUUUCGCCAAUUUGCACUCUUUGCGGAGCUUGGAGGCCAAGUUAGGAUAUGCGCCCGCCCAGCUCGACUACAACCGCUUGUUGCCUGCAAAGUAUACACUGGGAACGGUGCUGGACUCGUUCAAGCUGUACCAUGUCACCCACAAUCUCUUGUACAACUUUAAGCAGACCAUGCUUUCGGUCAGCGAACCCCCUCCAGGAAUGGCUCAGACACACCAGUACUACCAAGCACACCACCAUUCGCACCCUCCAUUCUUCCAGUUCCCGAACGGAUUCCAGGUGCCAUAUACCAACCAGGAGCUUAUUCCACUCACAGAGCCACUUUUUCUUCCUCACGUGUACAAGCUUCCCGGAGUUCCCGUGCCUGAGCCUGCCUUUGACCAGGCCAGUACUCAUGGUAUCUCUAAUUUGGUGUUAUUCUCCAUCAAAAGCUUAGAGAGUGCAUUCAUGGCCAACAUGUCCAACGACAGUCAAAGCUCUAACGCCAAUGCCCGUUUUAAUGAAGUUUUGCGUCAGUUAUUCACCAAUACACUUAUUACUGGCGGUGGCUCGUUGUUCUCGGGCUUUAGCGAAAGAAUCUGCGGCGACCUCCAAAGAACGGCCCCACAGUUGUUGCCUAACUACGUGAUCACUGGAUCCUAUAAAUUGUAUAUUAGUCCGUUGAAAAACCACUCCAACGGAGAUAUCAACGAUACCUUGGACAGGAAGUUUGGUUCUUGGUUGGGUGCAGCCAACUUGGCCAGCAUGCUCAACGAGACGGUCGAGGACGACGGAGCUAGCGUUAAUAUCGCUCUAGACAAUUGGUUUAUCUCCAAGGCCGACUACGAAGAGCUUGGAGAAGACCUCAUUAUUGAGAAGUUCAAGUAA